GCCGCGCCGAGCGCGGGGGACCGCGGGCCCGAGCCGCGGCGCGCAUUGCGGAGGGAGGGCGCGGAGCGCAGGAGCCGCCGCCUGCCGGAUCCGAAGGGGCAGCACGCGCCCCCGGGAGCGCCCCCGCCUCCUGCCCGGGGCCGCCGCGGGCUCGCUGAGCUGUCUUCUCCCUCCGGCCGGCAGGCUGGGCGCACAGGGGCGCGGGCCCCCGCCCGGCGCGCAGCGGCACCAUGGGCACGGUGCUGUCCCUGUCCCCCAGCUACCGGAAGGCCACGCUGUUUGAGGAUGGCGCGGCCACGGUGGGCCACUACACGGCCGUGCAGAACAGCAAGAACGCCAAGGACAAGAACCUGAAGCGGCACUCCAUCAUCUCCGUGCUGCCUUGGAAGAGGAUCGUGGCCGUGUCGGCCAAGAAGAAGAACUCCAAGAAGGUGCAGCCGAACAGCAGCUACCAGAACAACAUCACGCACCUCAACAAUGAGAACCUGAAGAAGUCGCUGUCGUGCGCCAACCUGUCCACGUUCGCCCAGCCCCCACCGGCCCAGCCGCCCGCACCCCCUGCCAGCCAGCUCUCGGGCUCCCAGACCGGGGUCUCCUCCUCGGUCAAGAAGGCCCCGCAUCCUGCUCUCACCUCCGCAGGGACGCCCAAACGUGUCAUCGUCCAGGCGUCCACCAGCGAGCUGCUGCGUUGCCUGGGCGAGUUUCUCUGCCGCCGGUGCUACCGCCUGAAGCACCUGUCCCCCACGGACCCUGUGCUCUGGCUGCGCAGCGUGGACCGCUCGCUGCUUCUGCAGGGCUGGCAGGACCAGGGCUUCAUCACGCCGGCCAACGUGGUCUUCCUCUACAUGCUCUGCAGGGACGUCAUCUCCUCCGAGGUGGGCUCGGACCACGAGCUCCAGGCCAUCCUGCUGACCUGCCUGUACCUCUCCUACUCCUACAUGGGCAACGAGAUCUCCUACCCGCUCAAGCCCUUCCUGGUGGAGAGCUGCAAGGAGGCCUUUUGGGACCGCUGCCUCUCCGUCAUCAACCUCAUGAGCUCCAAGAUGCUGCAGAUCAACGCCGACCCACACUACUUCACACAGGUGUUCUCCGACCUGAAGAAUGAGAGCGGUCAGGAGGACAAGAAGCGGCUCCUCCUCGGGCUCGAUCGGUGAGCCCUGUAGCCCGCAUCCUGGCUCAAGGAUUCAAUUCAUUUUUAAAAAUUUAUUAUUAAGCAAAUCAGAUUUUGUGUACAGUAUGUGUCUAGCAAAGCCACCGAGGGCCUGUCCCUUCCCACCUUCUCUCCUUGGGAUUUUCCUCAGCCCUGCUGAGGACUCUGGGCGCUUUUGAACUCCCGAACCUUGUGCAAAACCCAGAAGAUGUAUCCAGAGCCACCCAGGCCACCGACCUCUCAACUUUGGGGAAUUCAAAGGACUGACCUGCCUCUGCCACCUGUGCCCUUGCUGGACCAGGGCAGGUGAGGCUGCCCGCUGCGUCUGGCAUGGGAGCCGGAGGUUGGGGGGGGGGGCCUCUGGCCAGUUGGCCCAGGGAGCAGUUGGCAUUUCCGCUUGGAGGUCCUUUUCUGGCUCCUGUUUUGGGUCGUCCAUUCUCCCAGAGGCUUGUGGAGCUCGCCGCCCUGACCGAGCCACGAGUGGGGUUGUGAAGGCCGGAUGCCCGCCACCCGGGGACCACUCUUCAAUCAUGGAGAAGCCGGCCUGGUACAAAGAUUGCGUCGUUUGGCCGCACACGACCCUGGUUUGCUCUUUUUUUCUUUUUUAGGGAGAAGGGCUUUCCUUUAGUGAAGACACAGAACUUGCCCCCGGGCCACCCCUCGUCCCCUGCUCCCAGCCAUGUUGGUGGUGUUGGUCAAUGAGCUGGUUUGACUCAUGAAGUUCUUUGAUUUGGGGUCCUAGCUAAAGGAGUGGGGUGGAGCUAGGGACAGUUCCUUUCCUGGGGGAAUUUUUCAUUUGACUAAUGCAGCUUACUCACCCUGUGGCGGAGGCCAGGGCAGCUGCAGGUGCCCAUUACCAACAGCCUGCCUUCCGGGCGGGUGGGGGAAUCGUGCCCGAGACCAGCCAGUGCCCACCUAAGGGCUAAGGCCUCUUGCCGGUGCAUGUGACCUUUUGGUCCACAGAGCUGGGGUGAGGGGGUGAUGUCAGGGAUCAGGGUGAUGUGGUAGUGAUUGCAACCCCCACCUCCUUCCCCACCCCUGUUCAUUUAAAGCUGUUUCCAAACAGUUCAGUUUCUUCUGAAGACGAAGCCUUGCCCUGCAAGGCCCGAGGAGACCACUGGAUCUUGGAGACAAUUCCAAGACGGGAGUAACGCUCCUGCUUGCUUCCGAAGCCUGCUGAUUCUGCGCCUGAUCAUUUGCAGCUGCUGCUUGGGGUUUCCGCCUCACCCUAGCGGCUGUGAGAACACGCAAUGUGUGCUUAAUCAGUUUCCUUUCUGAUUCUCCCAGAUUUGGUGGCUUGGGACUUGGGAGAGGAGCGGGAGAAGGGAGCCAGUCUUCCUCCAUGGCCCGGCACUCCGGCUUUGGGGAACAAAGAGCAACGUGAAGCCGCUCUGGAGACUUCUCUCUUCCAGUCCCAGUCCCCCCCCCCCCCCCCCCCCCCGGGAGCGCUGGCAUGGGGGGGGCGGGGGAAGGCAGAGGGUCCUUUGACACAGGAUUAGGUUCCAGGUGGCUGCUGGUUUCGGCACAAACACUACUGAAAUUGACGCUUAACAAGAGAAAGCUGUGAAACUGAGGCCCCGGUUUAAGAGGAGCGUUCGGUUCCCAGACCAGAGGAGGAGGGCCUGCCCCGUGCUGGGAGGGCGUUUGCUCGGCUGCGCCUCAAGGCCCACGGAGCCUUCCCGGGGCCUGCCAGAUAACCUGCCGUGGAGCUGGAAGGAACCUGCGGCUGCCCGCACUGCUGGCGCAGACUGGCCGCUGCCCGGGCGGAGCCGUCGCACGGCCUGUCUGUUCAGAUCCCGCCGCCACGUGCGACCUGAGGUAGGAGGCCCUCGGGGGCGGCAGGCCCUGGCGGCUUGGAAAAGGGAGGUUCGGGUGCCGAGGCUCAAGAGGAGGGGGCGCGUGUCCGUAGUCCACUCGUUGGGCGGCUGAACUUGGCCUGAAACUGUGCAGUUAAGUUGCAUCCCCAGGAUUCCGGUUUUGUGCGUUUCCUUCUCUUUCUCCGUAUUUAUUUUUUUAUUUCUUGGAGGAGGUGCAAAUUUCAGGAGUGGUCGGGGACUUAAGGAAAUAAGUCUGUGGUCCGCGCCACCCCCCCCCCACCCCCCCCACCCCCCCCACCCCCCAGUGUGAAGCCUGCCACGUUUCUCCUCCCUGCCCUUGCGCCGGUCAGGAUUGUGUGAAGGAACCCAUGUACUUGAGCGUGCAGGCAGUGAACCCAUUUGACAUGCUGCUAUGAAGACUACUUUUAGAACAACGAUUAAAAAAAAAAAAAAAAAAGGAAAAAAAAAACUAACCUACGGAAAAAAAAAAACAAAACCCUUUAUUCUUUAAUUGUUGCUUUUACAGUGAUAUUGUGCAUGCGAACCAGGAGCAUUUUGUGUCUUAAGAAAAAUAAUCUUAGAACAGAUGGCUGUGAGCAUUACACCCGUCGACAGAACAAGUCACAGGAAUAAUAGUUCAGGAUUUGGUUUUCCUCUUUUUCUUGUAAACCUGAAGGGUUGAUAAUAUUCUUUCCAUACAUUAUUAGAAUCUAGUUUUGUUCCAAAGUUGUUAAACUUGCAAUGAAAAGAAAAUGUGCCAUUUUUUUCCCACUCGGAAUUAUUCAUAGCUGUAUAUUUGAAACUGCUAAUUAUGCGUGCGGUGUAUGUUCUUAGUGCAAUUUGUUCUGUAGUUCCUCUUUGACCAAACCGUGGGUAUUGUUAACAUUAAUUUAUAUUUGUCUCAUCCUGUAUGUGUGUGUGUAGUGUGUUUGUAAGUAUGUGUGGUUUAUAAUCUGACAAGGUCAUGAAGCUCAGUUUGGCUGUAAUUUAAUUCCCCUUCCCUUAUUUUUAUUUAUUUUUGUACUGUGCUGAUUAAAUAAAAUGCACUGACCAUCCAUUA